GGCUGUAGGUUCUGUUAUCUUGACCUCGGAAAACCUCCGUGUCGGCGCUGCCAUCGGGAGCGGUCGUCCGGGGCACACUCAGUGGGUGGGACAGUCAGCAACCAAGGUCCUCAUCUCGGAACACUCCUCUUUGUUGACUUCCCGCUGGCAGACUACGAGAAAGCCUGCUCCAGCCGGCAAGCGGCACCCUCACUAACCUGUUGUUUGGCUGACCCGGAGGCCAACGGCCUGCGUCCUCGGCGGUCACCGUGGGCCACCGUUACCCCUCGCGCGAGCCCCACUGCGGACUCUACACCGAAAAGGCCGGUACGCGGGGGUUCGUCAGAAAUCAGGGCCCUUUUGUCGCUCACAAGAGGCUGGAAAUUGUGGUCAUGGGAGGAGAUUGAAAUUUUCGCGGCCCCCCUGUACCCAUGCUCUUCGUUGGGGGUACGUCGGUAUGCUUGCAGUUUCUCGUCGAUGGCAUUCCGCUCUGCCAGACUACAUAGAGUCCUGUCCGUCUCACCGUCGUACAAGUAA